AUGUCUCAGGGACCGUGGCGGCCGCACCGCCCCAGCACCCUGCUCAUCCCCAGGGCACGGGGAGGCCGAGCACAGCGCGCCGUGUACCUGCUCCUGGCUGUGUGUGCCGCAGCGCUGUACCUCGCCGGGGAGCCCCUCAUGGACACCGCCCGCAGCCUCACCUUCCACUUUCUGGCCCUGCAGAUUGGGGUGCUGCUCAAGGGCACCUGCUACCUGGCGGAGGAGAUCUUCCACCUCCAGUCCAGGCACCGCGGCAGCUUCUGGAGGGCACUGAGUGCCUGCUUCCCACUGCGCUGGCAUGGGCCUGCACUGCUCCUUGCGCUGCUCCUCUGCGCCUCGGCCUACGUGGCUCUUCUCGAUGAAGACAGGCAGAAGCUUGGCCUCCACCUUGGCCUGGCCGCCCUGUGCCAGCUCCUAAGCCUCACCCUGGGGCUCCACGAGCCCUCAGCAGUGGAAGUGUCCGAGAUGUCCGAGAGGUCCAAGCAGAACGUUGCCCAUGGACUUGCCUGGUCUUAUUAUGUUGGGUACCUAAAAAUAGUCCUGCCACGGCUGCCAAAGUCAAUGGAGGAAUUCAGUAGAGCCAACCCCAGUGUGCUGUCAUGCAAGGAGACCUGGAAGCUCCACAUCUUGGUCCCUCUGAGCUGUGAUGUCUGUGAUGACCUGGAGAAAGCUGACAGCAAUAUCCAGUACCUGACAGACCUCACUGAAACCACUCUGACCCGUGCUGGCACCAAAAACAGGGUCUACAAACACAGCCUCUAUGCCAUCAGGGAUGAAGAUAACAAGCUCUGGCACUGUGCAGUGGAAUAUGCCACCCCGCUGCAGUCCCUCUACGCCAUGUCCCAGGAUGAGUGUGCUGCCUUCAGCCGGGAGGACCGCCUAGAGCAGGCCAAGCUUUUCUACAGGACCUUGGAGGAGAUCCUGAAAGGCUCCAAGGAGUGCGCGGGUACCUACCGACUCAUUGCAUAUGAGGAGUCAGGAGAAGCAGAGCCCCACUUCUUGUCCAGGGAGAUACUGUGGCACCUCCAGCAGCAGCACUGUGAGGAGUACCCAGUGCAGGAGGAGAACCACACACACACCCCAUCCACCACCCUCAACUCAGCAGACCUCAGCCUCCACAUCAGCAGCUCCGACCUGCCACAGCCUCUGCGAAGUGAUGGCUUCUAA